AAUAAAUAUUAAUGUCUUUUUUAUUUUUUGUUUUUGUUACUCCCGGAGAGAAAGCCCAAGAUUCACUGCAAAAAAAUUAAAAUAAUAAAAUUAACUGAGCGACGAACACAUUUCUUUUUGGGUGAAGAAAGAGACUGGGCUGCGGCGCCUGGAGGGUUAACUUUCAGUAUUCUCAGCCUAAAAGGGGUUUGGGGGCUAUGAGAUAAAGAUGCCGGGGUCGCUGAGUAAUGAAGACGAGGGACAAGACGACAUGGAUUUUGAAGACGAUAUGCCAGACGAGGAUGAUGAAGGUGAGCGCAACACUGUUCCCCUCACAGCCCUCACCCGCUUCUUCUCUGAUGAUGACUCCCUCGAACAACAAAAGAAGAAAAAGCCCAAAAAGAUGAAAGAAGGGAAAAUACCCAAAGUUAAGAAGAGGAAAAAGGAGGGGGGAAUCCAGGCAAGAGUUGACAGCGACCUGGAGGAGACCUCAGAGGUGGAGGAGGAGCCGGAACGUCCUGAAAUAGUUUCAGAGAGCGAGAGCAGCAUGUAUAGCCCCACCAAGAAGAAGAAGAAGAAGCCCAAGGAGAAAAAGGAGAAAAAGCCCAGGAAGAAGAAGAGAGAUGAGGAAGACGAUGAUGACGACGACGAUGAUGGGAACAUGAAAGAGCCCAAAUCAUCCAGCCAGCUGAUGCAGGAGUGGGGUCUCGAAGAUGUUCAGUAUGGCUUCACCGAGGACGACUAUAAAACCAUCACCAACUACAAGGCUUUCAGCCAGUUCCUCAGGCCCCUCAUUGCGAAGAAGAACCCGAAGAUUCCCAUGUCAAAGAUGAUGACAGUGUUAGGGGCCAAGUGGCGUGAGUUCAGUGCCAACAACCCGUUCAAAGGCGCAUCUGCCACCGCUGUGGCCGCCGCUGUGGCUGUGGAAACAGUUACCGUGACACAGCCAACGUCUGUCUGCAGCAGCCAGCUGGGCUCUCAGCUGGGGCCAAUCAAAAAAGCCAAAACCAAAGAGGGAAAGGGACAAGGCGUUAGAAAGAAGAGCAAGACUGUGAAGGAGGUGAAAAAGAAGCCGAAGCUGAAGAAGACCAAAUCAAAGUCCGGACAAAGUGGGAAGAAGAAGAAAGCAUCCUCGAGUGAGGAGGACUUCCUGGAGGAGUCAGACUUUGAUGACAUCAGCAUCCACAGUGCCUCUGUGCUUUCUGAUACCUCAGGGGCCACCACCAAGAAGAAAGCUCGACGUGGGCGGAAGAAAAGGAAAAAAGAGGAUGGUGAUGGCUAUGAGACAGACCACCAGGACUACUGUGAGGUUUGCCAACAGGGUGGCGAGAUCAUCCUGUGUGACACCUGUCCCCGGGCCUACCACCUGGUCUGUCUGGACCCUGAGCUGGAGAAAGCCCCCGAGGGCAAAUGGAGCUGUCCACACUGUGAGAAGGAGGGAAUCCAGUGGGAGGCCAAAGAUGAGGAGGAGGAUGAGGAGGAGGCUGCAGGUGAGGAAGAGGAUGACCACAUGGAGUUUUGCAGAGUGUGUAAAGAUGGAGGAGAGCUGCUAUGUUGUGACACAUGUCCAUCUUCCUACCACAUCCACUGCCUCAACCCGCCCCUCCCCGAGAUACCCAACGGGGAGUGGUUGUGUCCUCGUUGCAUGUGCCCUCCACUGAAAGGUAAAGUACAAAAGAUUCUGCACUGGACAUGGGGAGAGCCCCCGUUGCCAGCUGAACUGCCCGCAGGCCCUGACGGCAAACCAAAUGAUCCGCUAACCAACCCUCCACUCAAGGGCCACCCAGAGAGGGAGUUCUUUGUGAAGUGGGCUGGCCUUUCAUACUGGCACUGCUCCUGGGUCAGCGAACUGCAGUUGGAGCUAUAUCACACGGUCAUGUAUCGGAACUACCAGCGUAAGAACGACAUGGACGAGCCUCCGCCGUACGACUACGGCUCUGGAGAGGAGGAGCUCAACAAUGAGAAGAGGAAGAGCAAAGACCCCCAGUAUGCUGUGAUGGAGGAGCGCUUCUACCGCUAUGGCAUUAAACCAGAGUGGAUGGUUAUCCACCGGAUACUCAACCACAGUUUUGAUAAGGAUGGCGAUGUGCAUUACCUAAUCAAGUGGAGAGACCUGCCCUAUGACCAGUGCACCUGGGAGGUGGAUGAUUUUGACAUCCCAGAAUAUGACAGUCAUAAAGCUUCUUACUGGGACCACAGGGAGCAAAUUUUAGGGGAAGACCAACGCCCCCUGGUGGUGCGGAAAGGAAAGAAACUCAAAGAGGACCAUCCAAGGAGGGAGGUCCCUCCUGAUGCUCCCAUCAUAGAUCCAACCAUCAAGUUUGAGCACCAGCCAUGGUACAUUAAUGCCACUGGAGGAACACUGCACCCAUACCAGCUGGAGGGCCUGAACUGGUUGAGGUUCUCCUGGGCUCAGGGCACAGAUACAAUUCUGGCUGAUGAGAUGGGCCUUGGAAAGACGGUGCAGACAAUAGUGUUUCUCUACUCGCUUUAUAAGGAGGGUCACUCUAAAGGGCCUUUCUUGGUGAGUGCACCUCUCUCCACUAUCAUCAACUGGGAAAGGGAAUUUGAGAUGUGGGCUCCAGAUUUCUACGUGGUGACGUACACUGGGGACAAAGACAGCAGGGCGAUCAUCAGAGAGAAUGAGUUCACCUUUGAAGACAGUGCAGUGAAAUCAGGACGCAAAGUGUUUCGCAUGAAGAAAGACACUCCUAUCAAGUUCCAUGUGCUGCUGACCUCUUAUGAGCUGAUCACUAUAGAUCAAGCCAUUCUGGGAUCCAUCACCUGGGCCUGUCUGGUGGUGGAUGAGGCCCAUAGACUGAAGAACAACCAAUCAAAGUUUUUCAGAAUUCUCAACGGGUAUAAGAUCUAUUACAAGCUGCUACUGACUGGGACUCCUCUUCAGAACAACCUGGAGGAGUUGUUCCAUCUGCUUAACUUCCUCACCCCAGAUCGCUUCAAUAACCUGGAAGGCUUCUUGGAAGAGUUUGCUGAUAUUUCUAAAGAGGACCAGAUCAAGAAGCUCCACGACCUGCUUGGCCCUCACAUGCUCAGGAGACUGAAAGCUGAUGUCUUCAAGAACAUGCCUGCAAAGACGGAGCUGAUUGUCAGAGUGGAGCUCAGCCCCAUGCAGAAGAAAUAUUACAAGUUUAUUUUGACGCGGAAUUUUGAGGCGCUGAACUCCAAAGGUGGAGGGAACCAAGUGUCGCUGCUAAACAUUAUGAUGGAUCUGAAGAAGUGCUGCAACCACCCCUACCUGUUCCCCGUGGCUGCCGUGGAAGCGCCUGUAUUACCCAACGGUUCUUAUGACGGUAACCUCCUGGUUAAGUCCUCAGGAAAACUGACUCUGCUUCAGAAAAUGCUGAAGAAACUCAAAGAUGAAGGGCACAGAGUUCUCAUUUUCUCUCAGAUGACAAAGAUGCUGGAUCUCCUUGAGGAUUUUCUGGAGUUUGAGGGUUAUAAAUAUGAACGUAUUGACGGAGGAAUUACUGGAGGCCUAAGGCAGGAGGCCAUUGAUCGUUUCAAUGCACCAGGCGCUCAGCAGUUCUGCUUCUUGCUUUCAACACGAGCUGGAGGUCUAGGCAUCAACCUUGCUAGUGCAGACACUGUCAUCAUCUACGACUCGGACUGGAAUCCUCACAAUGACAUCCAAGCCUUUAGCAGAGCUCACCGUAUAGGCCAAAACAAAAAGGUGAUGAUCUAUCGUUUUGUGACACGAGGCUCAGUGGAGGAGCGAAUCACUCAGGUGGCGAAGAGGAAGAUGAUGCUGACCCACCUGGUGGUGCGACCUGGCCUGGGCUCAAAAACUGGCUCCAUGUCCAAACAAGAACUGGACGACAUCCUCAAGUUUGGCACAGAGGAGCUUUUCAAAGAUGAAAUGGAGGCAGCACGAACCAUGGGUGACAAUAAAGAUGGAGAGGAGGGCAACGUGAUUCACUAUGAUGAUGAUGCCAUCUCAAAGCUGCUGGACCGCAGCCAGGACGCCACUGAAGACACAGAGAUUCAGAACAUGAACGAGUACCUAAGCUCCUUCAAGGUGGCUCAGUAUGUGGUGAAAGAAGAAGAUGGAGAGGAGGAGGUGGAGCGGGAGAUCAUCAAGCAGGAGGAGAACGUGGAUCCGGACUACUGGGAGAAACUCCUCCGCCACCACUACGAACAGCAGCAGGAGGAUUUGGCUCGCAACCUGGGAAAAGGCAAACGCAUCCGGAAACAGGUCAACUACAACGAUACGACCCAGGAGGACCAAGAAUGGCAGGAUGAUCUUUCAGACAAUCAGUCGGAGUAUUCUGUGGGGUCCGAGGACGAGGACGAAGAUUUCGAGGAGAGGCCUGAAGGCGGGCGCAGACAAUCUCGUCGGCAGCUGAAGAGUGAGAAAGACAAACCUCUGCCACCCUUACUGGCACGAGUUGGGGGCAGUAUUGAGGUCCUGGGGUUCAACGCUCGCCAGAGGAAAGCCUUCCUCAAUGCAAUCAUGCGUUGGGGCAUGCCUCCUCAGGAUGCUUUCAACUCCCAUUGGCUGGUUAGGGACCUGAGAGGGAAGAGUGAGCGCGAGUUCAGGGCCUAUGUGUCUUUGUUCAUGAGACAUCUUUGUGAGCCUGGGGCAGAUGGAGCAGAGACCUUCGCUGACGGAGUCCCACGUGAGGGGCUGUCUCGUCAGCAUGUUCUCACCAGGAUUGGAGUCAUGUCCCUUGUCAGGAAAAAGGUGCAAGAGUUUGAGCAUGUAAAUGGGAAGCUGAGCUCCCCAGAUCUGAUUCCCAUUGGAAUGGAGCUGAAGAAACUGACCGAGAGUGUGUCCUCUGAUCCCAACACCCCUGUGCCAGCCAGCCCUGUCGCGACGCAGCCUGGCACCCCGGUCCCACCAGAGAAGACAGAGUGUCUCUCGGGUAUGGCUGAGGACAAGGAGACCACAGAACAAGAGAACAAGAAACUGUCAGAGCAAGAAACCUUGGGUGCAGAGCCAGCAUCUGCACCUGAGAAGGUGGCUGACAAUGAAGAGAGCAAGGCCAGCUCAGAGGAGAAAACAGGAGAUGAGAGGGAUAGAACCGAGUCGCCCCCCACAAAGACGGAGCCAUCUGCCAAUCCUAAAGAGUCCGCUUUGAAACAGACAGAGCUGUCAUCCAGUCAAACCUCACCGAAAAUGGAGCCCUAUAAAGAAAUGGAGAAGUCGUCAGAAAAAGGAGAUAACGGUUCUCCUCUGACAAAAACUGAAGACAAGGAAAAUAAGCCAGCUGUUACUGAUGAUGUAAAGAGUGAAGAUACAUUAGAGGGUCGAUUAAAUGGAGACAAAGACACUUUGGAUGAGAUGGAUGAGAGCAGAAAGGAGGACAGAAACGGCUUCAAGACCAAGUUCAUGUUUAAUAUCGCUGAUGGAGGUUUUACAGAGUUGCACACCCUGUGGCAAACUGAAGAGCGAGCGGCGCUGUCUUCUGGAAAGAUGCAUGACAUCUGGCAUCGUCGCCAUGACUACUGGCUGUUGGCUGGCAUCGUAACACAUGGUUAUGCUCGCUGGCAGGACAUUCAGAAUGACCCACGUUAUGCUAUUCUGAAUGAGCCCUUCAAGACUGAGAUGCAUAAGGGCAACUACCUAGAGAUGAAGAACAAGUUCCUCGCUCGGCGUUUUAAGUUGUUGGAGCAAGCUCUGGUUAUUGAGGAGCAGCUGAGGCGGGCAGCUUACCUGAAUAUGACCCAGGACCCCAGUCACCCGGCCAUGGCUCUCAACGCUCGUUUCACUGAGGUGGAAUGUCUGGCAGAGUCCCACCAGCACCUGUCCAAAGAGUCUCUGGCUGGGAACAAGCCUGCCAAUGCUGUGCUGCACAAAGUGCUGAACCAGCUGGAGGAACUUCUGAGUGACAUGAAAGCAGAUGUGACACGACUGCCCAACAUGCUGUCUAGGAUCCCGCCGGUGUCGGCCCGCUUGCAGAUGUCUGAGCGGAGCAUCCUGAGCCGACUCACCAGCCGAGGCAACGAACCUCCGCAGCAGCAGCCUUUUAGCCAGGGCGGGUUUGGUUGUUCCCAGAUGUAUGGCAGCAGCUUUGGUGGGGGAUUCAGAGGACCCGGCGGACAGCCCAUGGUCAACUAUAGUCAGAUGCCUCUGGGACCCUACGUCAGCGUGUCUACUAAUGGCCCCCCACCCCCUACAAGCCAUCUGGACAAGAAGUCACUUGACUCCUUGAGAGACGUGGCUACGCCUGACCUCAAGUCAGGCAAACCUAGUGAUGUCAUCUGUAUUGAGGACUAGAGGAGCUCUGUAACACUGACUUGAGGUCGGGACCUCCCAGGGAUGGAUCUGUAUGGAUGACAGCUGCCCGUCUCUUCCGCCACAUCCUCCUCUUUCUCCUGCUCCUUCUUGACUUAAAAUCUACAAAAUCAAGCUUUCUGCUGUCUAUGGAUAAGCGAUUAACUUUUUGAUUAAUGCAGAUAUACCUAUCUUAACGAUUGCACUUUUAUCUUUUGAUGAUCCUAUAGAAGUAUUUCUGUGGAUAUUCGCUUUUGUUUACCUGUGUUGGAGAGCAAAGGAUUAGGAAGGAAAAAGAAGCAGCUUCUCUGAAAGAGGAUUUUUUUUCAGCCCUGUAAGACGAAACUCAAGCGGGUUUCUCAUGCUCUUGAUCCGGGCUCAAUCUUAUAUCGAAAUGUGUGUUUUGUUUGUGCCAACCUCAACUUCUUCAUUCUGCGUGCUCUUUGUUGCUUUUACCCAUCUGCCUACUCACUGUGACUGUGCCCCACUGGAACUUUCCAUGUGAAGAGGAGCGGCGUCAGUUUGAUUUUCCCGAAGGCCAGUGUUGUCACUUUAAAUGAGUAUGUUUUGUCAUUCAUGUAGUACCCAGUAGAUAAAGUAUUGAUUUGAAAGCAUCACAAGCUAUGACCAUGUAUGCAGUAGCUGGACACAGCUGAGCCCUCAAAAGACUGCCACCUGUAAUUUGGAGAAAGCUUUUGCCAAACCUGCAAAAGCACUUGACUGCAGCACCGGUAAGGGUUGGCCUCUUGUACUGUAUAUACUCAGAGACUGCUCUUUAUUUUACCUCUCAUAGGUCAAAUCAUAGUGAAAUAUGUAUAAAUACACGGAUGAAAUCAGAAGCCUGGCUUGGGGUGUAUGAAGAUCGGCAGAGCAGAAGAAACUGUGAAAGCAGCAAAAAUGAUUUUUAAUCUAUUUCAGAGAAGACUGAGUAUUUCUGUGUAUGGUACAAUAAUUGUGAUUCUUUCUAUAUUUGAAUGUUUGUAGUGGCUGUAAAGCUUAAGCCUGGGACCGUGACCAGAGGGACUACACUAUGAACAGGAGCUCAUCUGGUCUACAUCCAUGUACAGGGAUCGAAAGUUCAGGCCAAACAGAACAGAGUCCUGAGUGGUUUUAGUUUCCCUCUUACAUCCCAGGGAUUGUCCCAGUUCCCCUUCAUUGUUUCAUUAUAGUCACAAAAUGAGCCUUUGUUUGCUUCUCUUUAUGUUAAGGUAAAAUUAGAUGUAGUCGGUGCCAUUAAAGAAGACGAGCCAGUAUGAUUUGUUCCUUGAUGCAGUGUAUUGCCUUCAUGGAGUUGACAGCGUCACAGUCUGAACAUGCAUUUGAAGAAUUCUUCUCUGUAUUUCAGCUUUUACGGACCAAUGUUGCACAGCAUUACUCUGUAGAUAAUGUCUUCACCUCCAGCUUCCUUCAUUAAUGUUUUAGUUCUUUUAAAACCGUUUGUUGUCGCCUGUUGCUUUGCCUGGUAUGAAGGCACUUUAGCAUGGUAUAUUUACAUAUCUAGUCCAUGCCAUCAAUCGUUACAUGCUAAAGUAACUAUCCACUAAGUAAAACUGUCUUUUAUAAAUUCAAGCUUACUACAGUGUAUUUCCUUUUCUAUGGUGGCAUUGCUUGAAUGUUUUGACUCAAAGUGCAAAUUGUUAUUGACAUAUGUUUGUUUUCUUUUUCCAAAGAUGAGUGGCAGUACUUAUUUUUACUAUUAUUGCCAUUGCCACAGCUCUUAUUUGACAUUGUUGGCAUUAUGAUUUUCAUUAGACUCAUCUAAACUGAAGAAACAGUGUUGUAUAGAGUGAUCAUAUUUUCUUUUUCUCCUUCAACUCACAACGAUUGUCCUGAGGUGCUCUCUUCUGUCCCCUUUUCUCUUGGAUUUGUGUCACUGCAAACCCCGUGCCCAUCAUUUCUCCAACAAGAUGCAUUCACUUAGACACUAAAGUUCAGUUACAAAACACCAUCGGACUUAUUUUGAACGCACUGUGAGAUGAACCUUGAAGUGCAUCAUAGUUUUUUGUGCUAUUCUUUCCUAGUGUUAAUCAGUGCUGUUUUGAUGAUUGUGUUUCUGUUGAUGACAUCCAUUACUUGACCAUGACAUGUAUUAGGUUGCUUGACAGAUAGAACCUCAGAAACAUGUAAAUACUUGAAUGAUUUUUGAGAGACUAGUCGACCUCGAAAAAGAUGAAUGUCUGCUGGAUGGUAUUGCCAUAGAACUGCAGCGUGCACCACAUGUGCUCAUCGAUUGAAACCAUGUCUCUUCUCUCUGGAGUGACGACGUCAAAAACACAGUACUCCAGUGAAAUGCAAUCAAACUGAAGUCAGUAUGAAUGUAAUGUCUGUUAGAAAAAAAAGGCUUCAGUCUAAUAUUAUAAAUAUGUUAACACUGUAUGUACGUGCUUAUUAACAUGGCUUCAAAAGCUACCAAAAGACCGUGACUAAAGGCAUCAUUGUCGCAGUGAAUGCACAGCAUGUGAAGCGGACAAUACAGCGGUUCACUUUGGGGAGGCUGUAUCGUAUCUAGCAUUUACAGACAAUGAGCUCCAAGCAGUGUUCUGGUUCUGAUAUUUGUUCUGUAUAGCAAAUUGAAUGAAAAAGUGAAUUGUCAUCUUUUUAUUUGUAUUCUGUGUAUUUGUUCAAUGUGUUUUAAUAAAUCUUCUGG